UCUACACACACCUGAAAUUGGAGGGUGAAGUACAGUUUCUUUUUUGUUUUUGGUUUUGGGGAGAAUUAUCGCCCACUAACCAAUCGAAGGCGCGUUAGGUUUUUGAAGUUGUGAUUCUUUCCUCUCACCGUUUGAAUCCUUCCUGACAAAAUAAUUAUGCCGAAUAAAUCAGUCUCAAAAGGGCAACUUGCAGAAAGGGAUUGUGGAGGAAUGCCUCUGAUGUGGGACGUGGAGCCCGUUUCCAAAUCCUGCAAGUCCAAUGAAGAAGAGGAAGGCGACAAAAAGCCUCUGUUCCUUCAAUGCGCAGAACUCAUCCUCCCAUGGCUAACCCCUUUGGAGCUUGCCAAUGUCUCUUUGACCUGCAAAUCCUUUUCCCUAAUUUCCAAGACCAUCACCCUCCGCCGAGUAUCUGAUUCUUCAAGAGGAUUUGAGAAUUUGGCUAUUCCAUUUCGCAACACCGUCGACGAUACGCCAUAUGCUUUCUUCAUCUACACUCCUUCCCUAAUUCUACCUUCUGAUUCACAAUUUCUUCGUCAACCUUGGGGCUUGAAUUUUGCUGCCACCCGUGACAGGGUUGGUAAGCUCGCCAUGGAAUCGGUGAAUUUAGUUGAUGAAGAGGGUCAGAGUGUAUCAGGUUGUGACUGUGACACUUGUGGGGAUGUAGGAGAUGAAGGUGACAGGUGUCCUUGUUCGAGCUUGGCCGGGUUGGAUGUGGCUAACGAGUGCGGGCCGAGUUGUAAGUGCCGGUUGGAGUGUGGGAACCGGUUGAGUCAGAAGGGGAUUCCGGUUCGGUUGAAAAUCGUGAGGGAUAGGAGGAAAGGAUGGGGUUUGUUUGCGGAGCAAUUGAUACAGAAAGGGCAGUUCGUAUGUGAAUAUGCAGGUGAACUCUUGACAACCAAGGAAGCGAGGAGGAGACAUCGAUGUUAUGAUGAACUUUCAUCACAAGGUCAGUUUUCUUCUGCUCUUUUGGUUGUGAGGGAGCAUCUGCCGUCUGGAAGGACUUGUUUGAGGAUGAAUAUUGAUGCCACAAGAAUAGGAAAUAUUGCACGGUUCAUUAAUCAUUCUUGUGAUGGUGGUAAUUUAAGCUCAAAACUAGUGAGAAGGUCGGGAGCUUUGUUUCCUCAACUGUGUUUCUUUGCCUUAGAAGAUAUAGAAAAAGAUGGAGAGCUUACUUUUAGCUAUGGAGAAAUCAGGACAAGACCUGUGGGUUUGCCAUGUUUUUGCGGUAGUUCUUCUUGCUUUGGAACACUGCCCUCAGAGAACACUUAAGACAGGGAUUUACCAAUAUGACUUUCAUCAUUUCGCGCCCCACGCUUUCUAUUCAAUUUGAAAAUAUGCUUUGUUAUAGAAAUUACAACUAGCGUUGCAGUUUAUGCUUCAUAUCUUUGAAAUCCUAUGAGAGCUUGCCGUAUUAUAUCUUCUGGUACUAUGUCUGCCUGUUUAAGUGGAGAGAUAAUCACAAGCAUUUCUGAAGUUGCUUGCACGGCAAGGGUGGAGGAUGUCAUUGUUAAAGUCUCCAUGAGACAAGAGAAAGAACUGAGGAGGCUCGAACGAACAUGGAGUCUCCACUGAAGGGAUCCAAAGUGAAAAAUGGACAAAACACUUCUAUAUAAGGAUUCAGUAUAAAGCCAAACUAACAUAGCAUUCCUGAUCUUUUGUUGUUUUGGUAUGCUAUAACAAGUGGUGAAGUCUAAGCGGGAUACAUGAACCUGUGGCACAGUGAAACUAAUAUACAAAAACUUGAUUGAUGCUAAUGAAAGGUGAGUCGUCGAGGUUCAAAAGGUGAGACUGGAGACCCCUCACUGCUUUGAGAUUCCCCUCGCCAUGCAUCCUGAACCUGAGCGGCAAACUGCAGGUUCCACAAAACAUCCUCGAUGGAAGGCCUUUCUGCUGGAUCUUUGGCCAGGCACCUCGCACAUAUCUCCAUCAUCGUCUUCAACGAUUGAUCCAAGCAUGACUUGCGAACUCCAGCAUCUACAAUGCUCCUUCUAGCUUCCUCAUCACCUACUAUGCUCGCAUGAAACUGCCACGAGAUCCAGUUAAUUGCAGUCCACAAUAAUUUGCUGACGAUUUGUACUAGAAAACUAAAUGCUGACAUUUACCGUCCAAAGGGCAUCAAAUCCUAUGAGAAUUUCAAUUAUUAUGUCUCUCUAAUUCUGGAGUCUGAUACAUUGAGCAAUAGAUCAAUAUAAAUAUUAUACGCAUGUGACA